UGCAUUGCUGAGAGGAUUGAAGAGACGCAAGCAGAAGUAUUUCAUCUUCUGCAAAGUAAAACAGCCACCAGCUCGUUUUCUUGAGGAACUUAGCUUAUCCUUGGCAAUGGCUAAAGAAAAUGAAAAGGCCCUUUUCAACAUUCAGUGUAAAGUUCAGCUUCUCUUGGAGAGCAUCAAACGCUGCUGCGGCUGUGAGAAGGAAGGUGAAAUUGAAUUGGCAGAUGAGAAUGGCCAGGUGAAGAAUUUGCUCCAGAACCAGGAUCACUACGCAUCGCAGCUCCUGAGUGAGAGAGAGUUUUAUGUGGUACUCAAAGUCACACGACAUGAAGGUUCCCAAGAAGCUGUUUUUACACCACUGCUGAAAGAUCACAGCAUUGUCACUCCAAAGUUCCUGGCUAAAUUGGGGAAGAGGGAAGAUCUGAAAGUGUCACCUACCAGAGUGAAAUCCAGAAAAUACAGCAAACAAGCAGUCUUGCCUUUGGAAGUUCCAUCCACAGAAGUGGAGAUAAAGGUGGGCCAGCAGUGUCAUGGUGUCUGCUGAAGAGGUUCCUUGCAGUAGAGGCGGUGCUGCUGGAAAAGGAAAUGGUACUCGUAGUAACGGCCUUCUGGAAGCAUUGUGCUGACAUUCUGUGGGGGAGUGUACAUUAACAGUGUCCCUUGCUCCUGAGUUGGACAGCCCCAUCUCCAGCACUGCAAGGAAACUGUUUCAAAAAUGAAAGAUUCUGACAAUUGUGCUACUAGGAGGAGAAAGUUGGACACCCACAGAUGGAAGGUGUAGAACGUAGCCAAAGACAAAAAACAUUGCACUUUCACAAUGGGAGACCUGAUUCUGCAACAACGUUUAUUGACAUCUGGGAGGAGAUUCAGCUUUGUUUGCCGUUGAAGGAUAAAAGCAGCAGCUAGCACUUUAGUCCA